CGAUUACAUAAAAUACAACUGUAAUAUAACUAUAUAACUCAACAUUGAGAGAUGCAGAUCCCAAAAGGAAGCAGAUCAGGAGGAUGGUCAUGAUCAUGAAGAAGCCUGUGAGCUACUUCGUGGUUGAUGCAUUCACUGAUUCAGCCUUCAAAGGGAACCCAGCAGUAGUGUGCUUUCUUGAUGAGGUUAAUGAGAGAGACGACUCUUGGCUUCAGUCUCUAGCCGCUGAGUUCAAUCUUCCAAUGACUUGUUAUCUUACAAGAACGACCGGAUCCAAUCCUCUUGACCCUCCACGGUUUAUUCUCCGGUGGUUCACUCGCUUCAUAGAGAUGGAUAUAUGUGGCCAUGCAACCUUAGCAUCUGCUCACACUCUCUUCUCAAACGAUUUGGUUGGAUCUUCAGACACGGUCGAGUUUGCCACUCACUCAGGCAUUCUAACUGCUAAGAAGCUUCCUGAAACCUUGGACUACUUGUAUGACUGUGAAGCUAACGAAGGAUCCUUCUUUAUUGAGUUGAAUUUACCUGUGAUUCCAACGUGUGAUUACUACUCCAAUCAUGAUGAUGUCUCCAUCUUCUCCAAAGCAUUAAGUGGAGCUACCAUUGUUGACAUCAAAGGAACAACAACAGAUUCCACAACCAACUCGGAAGCCUUGAAUGGAGUUGCCAAAGCAGCUUCAACCGAGAAAAUCAUCGUUGUGCUUUCGUCUUGGGAAUCUGUCACAGAGCUAGAGCCAAGACUGGAUGAUAUCUCGAAAUGCCCUGGGAAAAUGCUAAUCGUUACUGCUGCUGCUCCUGAAGGAUCUUCCUUUGAUUUCGUUAGUCGGGCAUUUGGCCCCAAAAUUGGAGUCGAUGAGAUCUCUGUAUGUGGAAGUGCACAUUGUGCAUUAGCACAUUACUGGAGCCUCAAGAUGAACAAGUGUGAUUUUGUCGCAUACGCGGCUUCGCGUAGGAGCGGGAAACUUAAACUUCAUUUUGAUAAGGAGAAGCAGAGAGUUUUGCUCACUGGAAUGGCUGUGACUGUGAUGAAAGGCUCUGUCUUGGUCUAAUCUCGACUCAAAGUCAAGGUUUCGACAACCUGAACCAAAAGUUUUUAUCAAGUUCUCAAUAUCAAAUUUAUGAUCAUCUUCUUUAUAGCAAACAAAAGACCCUCACAUGGAAUGUACUAUGGGGUCGUUAGCAUUUUUCCUGAAAUUUGGAGAAAAAAUAUUACUUUGCCUUUAAUGUGUGUUUUAUGAUCCUUUUGUACUUGUAUAGAAUAUUUGCAACUGUGAGUAAGCACAUAAAGCAGGGCAUUGACUGUGGAUACUUCUAUUAGUGUCUUGUGAAUCUGUCAGCUUGUGAAUG